AUGUCAGGCAAGUCCACCGGCAUUUCGGUGGCCGAAAUGCCUCCUGCAACCAUCGAGGAUCUGCAGGAGCUCAAAGAGGCACACAAAUUCGACCCGAAUCUCCCUACUGAGAUCGAGAAGGAACUGGACGAAGCCUUAGCGGCUGGAGACCUUGAGAUCAAGUCCCAAGUUGUUGGGGACCUACUUGAAAACUCUCCUUACCCCGAGGUCUGUGCCGCUGUCCCUAAUUAUGAUGAAGGAGGCACGGGCAACACCAUUCGCGCCUGGGUCUUAGGUCUCAUUUUUGCAACUCUCGGUUCUGGUCUCAACGCUCUCUUCUCUCUACACAGCCCUACCAUUUCUAUCACUUCGUAUAUCGCCGAAGUUGUUGCUUUUCCCUUCGGUGUGGCCUGGGCUCGCUUCCUUCCCAACCUCACCUUCACUCUAUUUGGCAACAAGCUUGAGCUAAACCCUGGCCCCUUCACUAAAAAAGAGCAUGCCGUUAUCACUAUUAUGGCCAACGCAACCUUCGCUGGUGGGUUUGCGUAUACACUCGAUAUUAUUACCGCACAGCGAGGCUUCUACGGACAACGCUACGGAUGGCCAUUCGAAAUCUUCACAACAAUUUCGACUCAAACGUUGGGAUUCGGCUUGGGUGGAGUGCUGCAUCGCUUCCUGGUAGAGCCUCCUGCCAUGAUCUGGCCCUCUAACCUGGUCAACACCACACUAUUUACCGCCAUGCACGAACGUGGACUAAAUCCACCAGACCCCGCUAAGACAGCUGGCUGGACCAUCAACCGGUAUCGCCUAUUCAUGUACAUCAUGGUCGGCGCCUUCUGCUGGUAUUGGUUCCCGGGUCUGAUCGCCCCCUUCCUGAGUGUGUUUGCCUUUGUCACUUGGAUCAAGCCAAACAACGUUAUCGUCAACCAGCUAUUUGGUGGAGCCACUGGUAUCUCUCUGAUCCCCAUCUCUUUCGACUGGUCUAUCAUUUCUGGUUAUGUCACCAGUCCUAUGACCUCCCCAUGGUUUGCUAUUGCCAACACUUUAAUUGGCAUGGUCGCCUGGUUUUGGAUUCUGACCCCGGCACUCCACUAUUCCAAUAUCUACUAUGGAAAGUUCCUGCCUAUGUCAGACUCGGAUAGCUACGACAACACUGGCGCGGUUUACAAUGUCACUCGUAUUUUGACAUCCGAAUACACCUUUGACCUGGCCAAGUAUCAGAGCUAUUCGCCGCUUUUCCUCUCCACCACUUUCGCUCUAUGCUAUGGUUUAUCCUUUGCUGGCCUGGCCGCCGUUAUCGUCCAUGUCAGCCUAUUCCAUGGGAAGGAGAUCUGGAACCGCAUGCGGGCGGUCGGAAAGAAGGACGAGGAUAUUCACGCUCGUCUUAUGGCGAAGUAUGAAACAGUACCUAUCUGGUGGUAUAUGGCCGUCCUUGUUAUUAUGACAGCUAUUGGUUUGGCAGUCGUUCUCUCCUACCCCACUCAUAUGUCUUGGUGGGCGUUUUUCGUCUCCAUCAUUAUUGCCUUAGUCUGGACCCUACCCAUCGGCAUGAUCCAGGCUACCACGAAUAUUCAACUCGGCCUGAAUGUUGUCACUGAGUUCAUUGUUGGUUACAUCCAGCCUGGCAAGCCAAUGGCAAUGAUGCUUUUCAAGACAUACGGAUAUAUUUCCAUGUCUCAGGCAUUAUAUUUUUGUCAAGAUAUGAAGCUCGGUCAUUAUAUGAAGGUUCCCCCGCGUGUUACCUUCUGGGCACAAAUGGCCUCCUGCAUUUGGUCUUCAGUGGUUCAAGUGGCAGUGCUUAAUUGGGCAUUUGGCAGCAUCACCGAUAUUUGUUCUGAGACACAGGCAAACAAGUACACGUGUCCGAACGGACGUGUCUUCUUCAAUGCCUCUGUCAUCUGGGGUGUAAUCGGCCCUAGGCGCAUGUUCUCUAUCGGCCAGAUGUACGCCACGCUCCAGUGGUUCUGGCUUGCCGGUAUCGCCCUUCCUAUCAUUAUCUGGCUCGUCGCUCGCAAAUGGCCCCAGAGCCGGGCCAAGUUCCUAAAUGCUCCCGUCAUCUUCAGUGGUACAGGAAUGAUUCCCCCCGCUACCCCGCUAACCUAUCUUAUGUGGGGAACCGUUGGGUUCGUCUUCAACAAGUAUAUCCGUAAUCGCUGGCGUGGUUGGUGGAUGGAGUACAACUAUGUUGUAUCCGCUGGGCUGGAUGUUGGUACUGCCUUGUGCCUGAUUGUUAUGCUCUUCGCUAUUAGUUUGAGCAAAUCAUCUUUCCCGAGUUGGUGGGGUAACGAUAAGGCCCUCUCGACUAUGGACUAUACCGAUACCGCUAUUCAGGUUGUCCUGCCUGAUGGUCAAACAUUUGGGCCGAAGGUAUGGUGA